GUUGCAUGCAUUGCAUGGGUGUAAACGGACGGGUGUACGUACAGUCGGAUAGACAGCUGCAGUGUCAUCAUCUUGCUGUGCGUCGUAUUGUACAGAACGAGCUGCAAGUGUUGGACGUUCGAAAAGGAGCGAAUUGCUACUAUGUCUCAGCGAAAACUAUCAAAAGUCACGUUACAAUUAAUGUUGCCUUCUUGGCCAAGAGAAUUCGCGAUGUAGCCUCUCCCACAGUCGAUUUCAUCGCGUUCGCGUUUAUUCCUCAUCGAUGUACCGAGGAGUAUCGGGAGCAUUUCGUGCAACAUUUUCGAAGUCAAGUCGCAUGAAAUCUCCUGUUGUUGCUGUUUUUGUAACAACGUUUGUCUAUCGUGGUGUCAUCUUCUGUCGUUAUUCUCGAUAUUUUCAUUCUCGGUCGUAUCUCUGUUGUCACCGUUCUCAAGUGCCUUUUCUCUCUCUCCCUCUCUUAUACUUUUGACUAUUUCCCAAUUUGAAUCGCGCGAAAACUGUCAUAUGCAUCGAAUGACACACUAAUAUUUUUGUCAAUCCUAAUUCCGGUAAGUUUAUAUACAUGCUUUAUUUAAUGUUGUAACCUUAUAUAUUCUUCUCAUGUUUAUUAAAUGGAAUUUUCCACGAGAGAAUCGUUCGCUCUCUUUUUUUCUCAUGCAUUGUUUAUAUGUUGAUCGUUCGUUCGUCGCGAUGUGACUCGUGAUUUGUUUCAUGACAUUAUUUUAUACUAUCUUUUCCUCACUCGCUGUAUUUUCUUUUUUCUUUUAUUUUCUCUUUUUUUUCAUUUGUUAUUUAGCAUGAACGAUCCAACAGUACAUUUCUUCUUAAAUAUGUCGAGUUUUUCGAGGAAAAUUUGUUGAGAAAUAAUGAUAAUUGAUGCGCUUCUGAUGAAUGGUCGUACGAUCAAUGUAACAUAUAUAAUCUUCGUUAUUUGUGUCAUUUUAUCCAUACAAAAUCACGAACAACAUUUUUUCUUGUAAGAGUUUUUUUAGAAAUUAAUUGCAAAAUAAUUAGAUUUUCUAUUAAGUAUUUGCUGGUGUUACAGCUCAGAAGAAUUGUUCUGUAUUUUUAUGUUUUUACUUAUUUAUUUAAUUUAUUAAAAAAACACGAAUUAUCCGUUCAUGAUAGUAAACUAAUAAUAUUGUAUCCAUAUAAAAUUAUCGAGAUAACUGAAAAUUGAAAGUACACACAAGAGUUAUAUAUUGUUCUAUUAAUAUGUAAACACAUAAAAUCAUUUGAAAUAGUCAUAACAAAAAUUUGUUAACUAGCACAGGUAAACCAAGAUGAGAAUUUGACCAGAUACAAUCUGUUUUUGCAAUUUUCUAAACUAUAUUUAUGUGUGAUCAUUUCAUAGUGUAUCCAUGACAAGAUCGUUAGAUAUAUGUAUAUAAUUAAUAUCUUUUAAACGUAUUCAAAUCAAUUUCAUACAUUACAAAGAUAUGAUGAGGUGGAUGAUUCAUUCCAGAAUGUAUCGCAUUUAUUAGACAUCUUCGAGUUAACCAGACCUUCUUUGUCGUCAAAACAGCAAAGUGACUUCUUCUUUAAAACAUAGAACAAAAAGGAAAGAUGUCCCAAUUAAGUAUCAGUACAGGAAAGAGAGGGAGGAGUGUUGCAAGCUCUUCUGCAUCUACUGUGUCAUCUUUGAGCAGCUCAACUGACUUAGCAAGCCUCUUUGAAUGUCCAGUUUGUUUUGAUUAUGUUCUUCCACCAAUUUUACAAUGUCAAAGCGGACACCUUGUUUGUAGCAAUUGCCGACCAAAGCUUAAUUGUUGUCCUACGUGUAGAGGUCCAUUAGGUAAUAUUCGUAACUUGGCUAUGGAAAAAGUGGCGGGUAAUGUAAUGUUUCCUUGCAAAUAUUCGACAAGUGGAUGCACUGUUUCUUUAGUGCAUACCGAAAAGGCAGAUCAUGAAGAUGCAUGUGAAUUCCGUCCAUACAGUUGUCCUUGUCCAGGUGCUUCUUGCAAAUGGCAAGGAUCCCUCGAGCAAGUAAUGCCACAUCUAGUUAUGAGUCACAAAAGUAUUACAACUCUUCAAGGGGAAGAUAUUGUUUUUUUAGCAACUGAUAUUAAUCUUCCUGGUGCAGUGGAUUGGGUAAUGAUGCAGUCUUGUUUUGGUCAUCACUUCAUGUUAGUACUUGAAAAACAAGAAAAAUAUGAUGGACAUCAACAAUUUUUUGCAAUUGUUCAAUUGAUCGGUUCGAGAAAACAGGCAGAAAAUUUUGCGUACAGACACCCUACAUCAUGUUCGUCCAUGGCAGAAAUUAUGUCUGUUUUAUUUUUCCACACGAUGCGCUACAAAGUAUCAGCACCGCGUGAUCCAAGCAGCGACAGAUUUGUUCUGAGCAAAGGUCAUGCAGCUCCAAUUCUUUAUGCAGCAUGGGCCGAGGCGGGUCUAUUCCCCGCAAGUGAAUUGUUAAAUUUGCGGAAGAUCGAUAGCGAUUUAGAAGGACAUCCAACUCCAAGAUUGAAUUUCGUCGAUGUUGGAACCGGGUCUUUGGGACAGGGUUUGUCGGUUGCUGCAGGAAUGGCCUACGUUGGCAAAAAUUACGACAAAGCCAAUUAUCGAGUGUAUUGUCUGGUCGGUGAUGGAGAAGCAGCAGAAGGAUCAAUAUGGGAAGCACUUCAUUUUUCAUCUUAUUACAAGUUGGACAAUCUAUGUGCAAUUUUCGACAUAAAUCGUUUAGGUCAAAGCGAGCCAACUUCUCUUCAACAUAACAUGGAAGUAUAUCGUAAGAGACUUGAAGCUUUCGGUUUCAAUGCUUUAGUCGUCGAUGGUCAUGACGUUGAAGAAUUGGCCAAAGCUUUCCAUGAAGCACAAAACACAAAAGGACGUCCUACUGCUAUUCUAGCAAAAACGUUUAAAGGAAAGUACUUUCCUAAUAUCGAAGAUUUAGAAAAUUGGCAUGGAAAACCCCUUGGUAAUAAAGCAAACGAAGUGAUUCAACACUUAACUGGGAUGUUGAAAAAUUCUGGUCCUCUAGCAUUGCAUCCCCAGAAACCGUUAGUUGACGACGCUCCGGUAGUCGAUAUUAGUAACAUUAAAUUAGCAUCACCGCCGAGUUAUAAAUUAGGAGAGCAAGUAGCUACUCGAUUGGCUUAUGGUACUGCUUUAGCCAAGUUGGCAAAAAAUAAUCCUCGCGUAAUCGCUUUAGACGGCGACACGAAAAAUUCUACGUUUGCCGAAAAAAUUAAGGUCGUUGACCCAGCUAGAUUUAUCGAGGGUUUUAUCGCCGAACAAAACCUUGUAGGAGUUGCGAUUGGUGCAACCUGCAGAGAUCGAACUGUUGCAUUUGUGUCUGCAUUUGCCACAUUCUUCACUCGUGCCUUUGAUCAGAUUCGUAUGGGUGCCAUUUCGCAAACGAACGUUAAUUUCGUUGGAUCUCAUUGCGGUGUUUCCAUCGGUGAAGAUGGUCCGUCGCAGAUGGGUCUAGAAGAUAUAGCCAUGUUCCGUACGAUUCCUGGUUCUACUGUUUUUUACCCUAGCGAUGCCGUUUCAACAGAGCGAGCUGUCGAAUUAGCGGCUAAUACCAAGGGUAUCUGUUUCGUACGUACUUCUCGUCCCGCUACAGCAGUUUUGUACAAAAACGAUGAAGUGUUUGCCGUUGGCAAGGGUAAGGUAAUUAAGUCCACCCCGAAAGAUCAAGUUCUCGUGAUCGGAGCUGGUGUAACCUUGUACGAGGCGCGCAAAGCUGCGGACGAAUUGUCUAAAGUAGGAGUAAACGUACGAGUGAUCGAUCCGUUUACGAUCAAACCACUCGAUUCUCAAUUAAUCGUAAAGAACGCUAAAGAAGUUGGCGGAAAAGUAGUCACCGUCGAAGAUCAUUAUGCGGAAGGUGGCUUGGGAGACGCGGUUCUUUCAGCAUUGGCUACGGAAAAGAAUGUCGUAGUUAAAAAGUUAGCUGUAUUGGAAGUUCCACGCUCUGGUCCUCCGUCUACGUUAUUGGAGAAGUAUGGAAUCAGCUCGCAGAAAAUUGUGGCUGCUGUUCAAGAAGUUUUAAAGUUAUAAUUUUUCCGGUUAUAUAAAAUUACGGGUAGUGUAAUAACAAGCGAUUGAUUUAUACGCAGGACGUACUGCCAUAUCAGAAUAUACACGGAAUUAUGUUUACGGUAUAAAUACACGAAGAACUAAUCCAUUCCUAGCCGUUUUUGUACAUUCAACGUGCGCGUCAGUGCAAAAGAAUUUGGUUUGCAUAUAUUUAUGUAAUAUAUAAAGUUGUACAGAAAAUAUGUAUUCAAACAUAUUUUUACAUGUACGUUUUAAAGACAGGAUAUAUUAUACCGAGAAUUUGUAACGAAUCUUUGUACACCAAGAUCUAAUUUUGUACGAAUAUUUGAUACACAUACCAUUUGUAGAUACGAGAUGUUUCUAAAACUAUCGUAUUGUAAGAAAAUAGAUACGUUUGCAAAAAGAA